UGUGAAAUCCUCCGUUCUCCCUUACUUCUUAGAUGGCACGUGAGACACACAUCGGCCCGCUACCUCGAAGCUGAGACAGCUGACCGUCACAUCUGUCGUGCUCUCGGAGCUCCGCCAGAGGUAAUAUUGAAGAUGGUGUCGCGGGACAGAUCAUAUAUAACUGCCAGAGCAGCCGCUGUUACUUUUCACUGCAUCGUCGACGAUCUGCAACAUGCAAGCUGCGGUACCCCCUGCCGGAAUUUACGUCCCUGCUGUCUUGUUCUUCAAAGAGAACGAAGACUUUGAUGUCCCUGCUAUAAAGUCUCAUGUAUUACGGCUGGCUCAGGGAGGUGUCACAGGUAUCGUCGUGCAGGGAAGCAAUGGGGAGGCUCAACACUUGUCACACGACGAGCGUAAAGAGGCAAUUAGCCUUACUCGCAAGACGUUGGAUGAGAACGGUUUCCAGAACGUUAUUAUCAUUGCAGGCUGUGGUGCCCAAUCCGCAAGAGAGACGAAGAAGCUCUGCGCAGAUGCAAAGGACGCUGGCGCUGCCUUUGUGCUCGUAUUGACGCCCUCCGUCUGGCCUGGUGAUAUGACGAAAGAAAACAUCAUCCGCUACCACCGUGAUGUGGCAGAUCAUUCACCUUUGCCAUACAUGGUGUAUAACUUCCCGACCGUCACUGCUGGCAUCGACCUGGAUUCCGAUAUCAUCCUCACGCUCUCAGAGCACCCCAACAUUGUAGGCACUAAGCUGUCCUGCGGAAAUAUCGGAAAGCUCCACCGAAUCACUUCUACCAAGCCUCCCUCAGAAUUCUGCACUCUUGCCGGUGUCUCCGAGGUGCUCUUACAAGGCCUCCUCUCCGGAAGUGCUGGCGCAAUUGCCGCGCUCCCGAACCUCGUGCCUAAGCUACACAUGAAGAUGUACGCGCUCUAUCAGGCGGGAAAGAUCGAUGAGGCUAUGAACAUUCAGGCUCAGCUAGGUCAGGGUGAUUGGGCAACACGCAAGGCCGGAGGAAUUGGUGCUAUGAAGACACUGAUCUCAAAGCAUUUCGGAUAUGGAGAAACUCACGUCCGACGGCCACUCAUGGCUGUCGCACAACUUAGCGGUCCAUAUGUCGACACACUUGAGGAACUGAUUGCCAGUGAGAAAGCGCUGUAGGAUGUAACGUGCUUAAAUUUGUUGUAUUACAAUCAUCACAUGCACAGUCCGCAUUUAUCCGUCCAUCGUGAAAGC